UCUGUCUCAUUACAAAGGAAACACCAUGCUAAAUAUAUAUCGUGGGGAAUACCUAAAUCUAUCCCUAGAUGCAAACAGGGACCAUGUUCAACAGUAUUGGUCUAUCGUCACUCUCGGUUUCCGGGUUAUACGGCCCAAUAUGCAUUCUCGAUCGACUGUCAAGAGAUAGGCAGAAAAAGAUAGAAAACUAGCUAAAGAUAUCUAACAGCAAACCCGGCAUUGUAAUGUCUUGUCAAGUGCUUCUCAAGUGAGUUCGAGAACCGACAAGGAUGUCGAUCAAACGUGAGGGAUAUAAAAUAUGCCUGCUUGGGAACACUGGAGUUGGGAAGUCAUGUAUUGCUCAUUGGCUAAAACAUGAUGAGUUCGACGAAAAAUUGGAUAAUACCAUUGGAGCCGCCUAUCUUGAAAAGGAACUGAGCGUGAACGGGGAGACGGUUAAAAUGUGUAUAUGGGACACGGCUGGAGCUGAAAGGUUUCGAGCCUUGACGCCAUUGUACUACAGAGGCGCCGACGGGAUCGUUCUGGUCUACGACAUCACAGACGAAACAAGUUUCCAAAGUCUCCGCACCGAAUGGAUUCCAACUAUACGGAUGCGCACCGACACAAACAUGGCGUUGGUCGUGGUGGGCAACAAGUUGGAUCUUGAAGAGACGGGUCGAGUUGUCCCAUCCGAUGAGGCAAGGGGGUAUGCUGAUCUCUUAAACGCCAUCUUCUUAGAAACGAGUGCCAAGACGGGAGAAAACGUGGAGAGAAUAAUUGCUCAACUUGCGACGAAGAUCCGGGAAACUAAGCAGGCAUCAAACGAGGAUGUGAUUCAUAAUCCGACCCGACCGAAGAACAGCGAUAACCAGGAAACAUCUGGUCAGAAUCGUCGCCGCUCCCACAGCAAGUGCACGUGCUAAUAAGAAAAUAGACGAAGGACCCAUCUUUGUUUUCCAAAUUGCUUCUGCCAAAAACCUGAAAAGUUAUCCCAAAGUGGAUCUCCAAGACUCCAACUCCGCACAAUUUUGGGAUGGGUAGUGGGUAACAGUCCUAUUUGCAACGAACCUCCAUAUAGGUGACAUUUGCAAAUCAAAAUGUGUUUCAAAUUCAUUUGAGUAUAGCCUGAGCUUGAAAUAAAGUGCUCAUCUUUACUUAAAAUUUUAAAUACAACUAUCUGCAGCUGUAUUCCU